UAUUUAGGUGUUCUUUAUAUGAUUGGCAGAAAAAAUGAAAAACCAUAUCCUCCUAUUAAUUUACUGGCUGAUUUUGCUGGAGGUGGAAUGUUAUGUGCUCUUGGAAUAUGUUUAGCAAUAAUAGAAAGAAAUUCUUCAGGCAAGGGACAAGUGAUUGAUGCAAACAUGGUAGAAGGUUCUUCAUAUCUAAGCAGCUGGAUAUGGAAGACUCAAGAUCCUUCAUCUAAUCUUCCAAUUUGGGGAAAUCCACCAGGGGAAAAUUUGUUGGAUGGAGGUGCUCCUUUUUAUCAAACAUACAGAACAAAAGAUGGAAAAUUUAUGGCUGUUGGAGCAGUGGAAACACAGUUUUAUAAAGAAUUUUUGAAAGGUAUGAUAAUUACUUAGAUUUUUAUAAGAUGUGCAGCAGCUUCUGUCAGUAUCAAUAAAAAUGAAAUUAAUACAAAUUCUAGAGCAAAAUUGAGACAAUGUCCUAUGUGCCAGGUAGAAUGUUGCCCAGCAUAUACAGUGGGUGAUCGGUUAACGAACAUAAUCCGUUUCCAGGCUUUGUUCGCUAUCCGAAUUGUUCGUUA